AUGACAGAACAGCCAGUGUAUAAGAUCCUUAGAUGUGGUUCAAACGGUAGUUUCCAGCUUGGGCUUGGAGACGAUGAAGACAGAAAUACACUAUGUGAAGUUGAGACGGAUUUCCCUCAUACUCGUCCUGUGACGUUUGCUUGUGGAGGCAACCAUACACUUAUACUAUUUGAAGAUGGACUGGUGGUGGCUGCAGGCAGCAACGAAUAUAGCCAGUGUGGGUUUAAGGGACCUGAAGUGGUUGAGAAGUUUACUAAGGUGCCUGGGAAAUGGAAGUUUGUGGCAGCUGGUUGGGAAUACUCUGUGUUUGUGAGUGAAGACGAUACAGUGUAUACAUGUGGAUAUGGACCCAAGGGAGAGUUGGGGCUUGGGAAGAACUUUAUACUUGCCGAGGAGCUUUUUGAUGUGAGGUUUCCAGUGAAAAGUCGAGUGCUAGAUGUCAAGUCUUCGAUAAACCAUGUCAUUGUGGUGACUGAAGAGGGUACAUAUGGCUGGGGAGCGUGCCGAAAAGGUCAAUUGGGUGAAGUGACGAAGGUUUCAGAAAAGGGAAAGCCAGUGCCGGUGUAUUGGGAGCCAGAGAGGCUUCAGUUCUCGGGAAGUUCUGCUAUAAUGGCACACGACAGGACAGUGGUAUUUGAUGGGAAGAAGAUUGAUAUUUUGGGUAAGAAUCCUGAAACGAUAAGUGCUGAAGGUGCUACUAACGUGAAAGCGAUGUGGUCGUCAGUUCACUGGUCUGUGCCCAAAGAGAAUGGUAUCAAUAUCUUCUCCCAAGGUAAUAAUCUGCAUGGCCAGUUGUACAAGUUCAAUGAUGAAGUAACACCCAUUGAUUUCACAGUUGGAUCAGAGCACGGGUUGGUAUUGCUUAAAGACGGUAGGGUUCUUGCAUGGGGCUGGGGCGAACACGGGAAUUGUGGACCACCUGCUGAAGCAAAGGAUGAGACAGCUUUGGUGACCUAUGACUAUCUUAAUGAGAUAUACGAUGGGAAGAACGAAGUGGUGAAGUUAGCCGCUGGUUGUGCUACUACGUGGGUUGUUGUGAAGGUGAAGUAA